UAUAGAGUGCAACAGGUAAAGGGAGGCGCACUCGCAUAAGGCUCGGCUCGGCUCGGCUCACUCGACUUCCAUCGUUAACAUAGCGAAAUGGUCUUUUCUUUAAACAGGCGUGUCAGGAAGUUGAGAGCUCAAACGUAAACAAGAACGUCGUUUGAGCCGACAUUCGGUCAGUUGUUACCGUCUUUUAAGUGCAAAGCUAAGGAGAGCGUACUCAUUACCUCGCUACAAUGCCAGGAAAGAAAGUGUGCAUCGUCGGAUCCGGGAACUGGGGCUCGGCGAUUGCUAAAAUUAUUGGCCACAAUGCAAAGGGGUCCAACAGAUUUGACCCCAUAGUGAACAUGUGGGUAUAUGAGGAGAUGAUUAAUGGCAAAAAGCUGACUGAAAUCAUUAAUACAGAGCACGAAAAUGUCAAAUAUCUUCCAGGACACAAGAUUCCAAAAAACGUGGUUGCAGUGCCAGAAAUUGUUGAGGCUGCGAUGGGGGCAGACAUCUUGGUCUUUGUCAUUCCCCACCAAUUUAUUGGAAAGCUGUGUGAUCAGAUGAAGCCUAAUGUCAAGGCAGGCGCCAUUGGGAUCUCCCUCAUUAAAGGUAUUGAUGAAGGCCCGGAAGGUCUGAAGCUCAUCUCUGACAUCAUCCGAGAAAAGAUGGGGAUUGAUGUCAGUGUGCUGAUGGGUGCCAACAUUGCCAAUGAGGUGGCUGAUGAGAAGUUCUGUGAAACCACCAUUGGGGCCAAAAACCACGAGAAUGGCUUGAUCUUCAAAGAGCUGCUGCAGACCCCAAAUUUUAGAAUCACUGUGGUGAAGGAAAGCGAUACAGUCGAACUCUGUGGAGCUCUGAAGAACAUCGUGGCUGUUGGGGCGGGGUUCUGCGAUGGCCUGGGCUUUGGGGACAACACCAAGGCGGCGGUGAUCCGCCUGGGGCUGAUGGAGAUGGUGGCCUUCGCCCGAAUGUUCUGCCGAGGGGACGUGAGCUCCGCCACCUUCCUGGAAAGCUGCGGCGUGGCCGACCUCAUCACCACCUGCUACGGGGGGCGCAACCGGCGUGUGGCCGAGGCCUUUGCCAAGAGCUCCAAGUCUAUUGAAGAGCUGGAAGCCGAGAUGCUGAACGGGCAGAAGUUGCAAGGUCCGCAGACCUCGGCAGAGGUUUUCAAGAUCCUUCAGAAGAGGAAUAUGGUUGAGAAGUUUCCGCUGUUCGUGGCCGUCUACCAGAUCUGCUUCGCAGGCCGAGCCGUGAACGAGUUCAUUACCUGCCUGCAGCAUCAUCCGGAGCACAUGUGAUUGGAUGAAUCCCCGCCCCAGGCCUUCGUAUUAACCAACCAGGGGCUGCGGGCUGUAACCAAGCCUUCCCAAUUUAAACAUACGCACAAAAUCUACUAUAGACAUUGACGUAUUCUGAGAGAAUCUUGUGUAAUUUGUUUGUUUUGUAACAGCGCACUUAAAAGCAGCCUUUAGCUGCUGAGUAAGGGAGAAGUUGACUCAAGCUUCCUUCAGUUUGAGGAUCUUGAUGUGCCUUGUCAGCUAAUAUCUCACGUGUUAAUAAAAUUGACUGUGGUGUACUGUUUUGUGGUUGUACUAUAUCAAUGAAAAUAAUAUGUUCCAGAAUACAAAAAUGUAUUUUGACACUAAGUGUGAAGCUCUUUCGUCAUGACAUGCACAAAAUGUAGAUGCUUGUCCACAAAGAAUAAAGACAUUAAUUCAAGUUGAA